ACUAGUAGUAUAAACGGCAUGUACAAAGGGACCAGACACGUUCCAUUUUCUCCUAUAAUGCCUUGCUCUUCCUCCGUCCUUUGCUUGCUUCGAUCAUCACUAUUCUUUUACGCACUCUCUCUCUCCUCGACACAAACACUGAGACGAAGACUCUUUUAGAUCUGCGACCACACACCCUACAAACCCUAGUUUGAAGUACAAUCUCGGAUAGAUUGCAAUAACAACAUUCAUGGCUGUAGCGGAUGCUCAAAAUUCUCUUGCUGGAGGAACUACCUGCGGUUCUCUGCUGCAGCAAUUGCAGCAAAUUUGGGAUGAGGUUGGUGAAAGUGAUGAAGAGCGGGACAAGAUGCUUCUUCAAAUAGACCAAGAGUGCUUGGACGUGUACAAGAGGAAGGUUGAUCAGGCUGCAAAGUCGAGGGCUCACCUUCUUCAAGCCCUGGCAGAUGCUAAGGUUGAACUUUCAAGUCUUCUUUCGGCUCUUGGAGACAAAACUCAUGUUGAGAUUCCUGAGAAGACUUCAGGAACAAUCAAGGAACAACUUGCUGCCAUAGCACCAGUACUUGAACUUCUGUGGAACCAAAAAGAGGAGAGGAUAAAGGAGUUUUCUGAUGUACAGUCACAAAUACAAAAGAUAUGCCGAGAAAUUGCAGGGGCAACUGAGCAGGUAGGUAGUCCUGCUGUUGAUGAGGCCAACCUAUCCUUAAAGAAGUUAGAUGAAUUUCAAUCUCAGCUCCAAGAACUUCAAAAAGAAAAGAGUGAUAGGUUGCACAAGGUACUUGAGUUUGUAAGCACUGUACAUGAUCUCUGCGCUGUCCUUGGGAUGGACUUCUUCAGCACUGUUACUGAAGUUCAUCCAAGCUUAAAUGACUCAACUGGUGUGCAAUCCAAAAGUAUUAGCAAUGACACCCUAUCUAGGCUGGCUAAGACGGUUUUAGCACUAAAAGAAGAUAAGAAGCAGAGAUUGCAUAAGCUUCAAGAGCUAGCAACUCAGCUAAUUGAUCUUUGGAAUUUGAUGGAUACCCCCCAAGAAGAACGGAGUUUGUUUGAUCACGUUACCUGUAACAUAUCAGCUUCAGUAGACGAAGUAACCAUCCCUGGGGCCCUUGCUAUUGAUCUGAUAGAGCAGGCUGAAGUGGAAGUUGAACGGCUUGAUAAGCUCAAAGCUAGCAAGAUGAAGGAAAUUGCUUUUAAGAAGCAAGCUGAGCUUGAAGAGAUAUUUGCUCAUGCUCAUGUUGAGAUUGAUCCGGAGCGUGCCAGAGAAAAAAUUAUGGCACUGAUUGACUCUGGGAAUGUGGAGCCGACUGAGUUACUGGCUGACAUGGAUAAUCAGAUAGUAAACGCAAAAGAAGAGUCUCUCAGUAGAAAAGAAAUAUUGGAUAAGGUUGAGAAAUGGAUGUCAGCUUGUGAAGAAGAGAGUUGGCUUGAAGACUACAAUAGGGAUGAAAACAGGUAUAAUGCGAGCAGAGGUGCACAUCUAAAUCUCAAGAGGGCUGAAAAAGCACGGAUUCUGGUCAAUAAAAUUCCAGCUCUUGUUGACACCUUGGUCGCCAAAACCCGAGCAUGGGAAGAAGAUCGUGGCGUAUCAUUUACUUAUGAUGGUGUUCCUCUACUUGCCAUGCUAGACGAAUAUGCAAUGCUCAGGCAUGAUAGAGAAGAAGAGAAACGAAGGAUGAAGGAUCAGAAGAAGUUUAAUGAACAGCUAAACACAGAACCGGAAACCAUUUUUGGUUCAAAGUCCAGCCCUGGACGAGCAGUUGGUGCAAAAAAGGUGGUAGGCCCACGCACAAAUGGAGGUGCAAAUGGAACUCCUAGCAGAAGGCUAUCUUUGAAUGCUCAUCAAAAUGGUGCCAGGUCCUCAAAUAAAGAGGGGAAAAGGGAUAUUAGGCCUGUUGCCAUGUCGAAAGAGGAUGCUGCAUCACACGUUUCUGGUACUGAACCUGUUCCGGCUUCACCAUAAUAAUUGAAUAAGAGAGAUCUGUAGCUUACACACCCGUGAUAUUGUGAUUGUUAAUGACUAGAUUAGUUGCUGCAGUGGGAUACAUAUAUGAACAUUGAGUAACUGGAAUGUUGAGACCUGGUUAAUUGCUUCUUCUUUUUAUUUUUUUUUAUUUUUUUGGGACUUUCUCUGAAGAUUAACUUCUGCUCCUGAGUUUGCUUUUGGAGUUCAAUCCCUUGUUCCAACUUCAGUAUUACUAUUAGGCAGACACUAACUGAGUACAAGCCCGUGUUCCAAGCUUCUGGGGUUGACAAUAAAAGCUGUUGUGUUUCUCUUUUAUUAAUGGUAAAGGAAAUAAGAAAUGGAGUUGAAUUUGGUUA